AUGCAGGAACAGAUAAAGUUACAGGUCAGUUUAUGCAGCAUGAACCUCCGAACACUGGUGAAUCACCAAAUCAGCCAAAAAAAGCAUGUGACCUAGAAGUCUCUGACAGAAGUCUUUCUUCCGAUGGGUCAGAGUCAGAGUCACAGUAUGAAGAUGGAUCGCCUACUGAUAGUGAUGAAGAUGACAUGAUUUCAGAAUUUAGUGCAACCCAGAAAAAGAAGAGCUCCCUCCAUCAGACACGAGAAAGGCUGAAAAGAAGGAAUUACAGACCAGAGCACAGAGAGUCAGUGAGCAAAAUUAUAUUUGAUCGUGACGAUGACAUCCUUAUUAUGGAACCGCCCAAGCCUGUGCCCAUGUCAGAAAACAAGAAAGACAACACAAAUUCUGAAAACAGCCAGAUCACAAAGGGGGUGCAGGGCAGACCCUUCAUGGUAUCACCAUAUGUUUCCCUGAAGACCCAAAGAGCCAAUAGGAGAGCUGCAGGUGGACACCAGCAAAGCCUGACCACUAGCAGUUCCUUCAUCCAAGGCCUCAUCAAGAACUCCAUCAUGAAGAAUGUUCCAGAGAUGAUGACUUCGGCCUCAACCAGGGUACCAGUGGACGGUCAAACGGAGGAAGAACCUGACCCUGAGGACAUGUGGGGUCUCCUGCCAGCCCUCCCCCAGCAGUCCUCCAGCUCCCUUGCCGCAAGGGCUGCCAAGACCAGCCUGCAAGAAUCUGGCAUAACGGAGACUGCAGCCACGGCUCCAGAGAGGCCAACAACUGUCACCAGCACCAACAUUAGUGGUGCAGUCAUCACAUCAAAGGCCUCCAAGGUAAUGAGUUUUUGGAUAGAAAGUGAAGAUGAGGAAGAGGAUAAAGACACAGAAGACACAGAGUCACUCUUCAUGCCCACACUCCCCGUGGCCUCACAGCUGAUCCAAGAGAGCACCGUGCUUCCCAGCUACAGCUCCCUUGGCCCCGAGCACUGGAUGUCAGUAGCUAGAGCUAUGCAGAAGCGAAAAAAGGUAAUAGAAUAAGUGUGUAUGUAGUGAAGGCAAAAGAAUGUAAUUUAAUUUUUUUAUAACAAAGGAGGCAGACCGUGGCUGGACAAUUUGCCUACAGACAGUGUGCCUACUGAACAUUAUACAUAUGGACAAUGUGCCU